AUGGCUAAGCAUGACCUGAAGAUCGAGACUCUUAAGCAGUGCUUUGAGUUUCUAAAGUUGUUGAGCAGUGAUGGCACUAUGCAAGACUAUGUUGCUAGAGAACUGGCGACACGUCUUAAAGAGUACUAUAUACAGCCUGAUCAAAGCAAAACGGAAUUGUCCAGAUUCAUUGUUCAAGUCAACCAUUUUUACACACAAUUAGUGCAGCCAUACGUUAAUGAUGGCGCCCUUGGGAGAGCCUACAGGAAAUAUAAAGGCACCGAUCCACCAGCAAUUGUGGAUGCUUUGCUAGAUUGCCUUCCCAAGUUCCUUGCCGCGAUCUAUCAUCUUUAUUAUCGUGUGAAUCAUGGUUUUGGUACAUUGGGCGGCGGGAGCUGGGCAACCAGCAUACUUGGGUGGGGUGGUGGAUAUGGCGAUGAUCUCGAUAAGUACCUCCAUGCGAAAAAGACAUCCGACUACUACGGUGGGAUUAUACCUGGGGGGUUUAAUCCGAUGGAGGUGAGAUAUGAUUCUUCUGCGUAUCCCCAGGGUUCAAAUAUGGCGUAUGACCUAGGAAGUAUUUUGAGCAAAAAUGGCCACAAUUUUUUCCGCGACAUCUUUUCUACUACAGUUGUAUCCGACUCCGGCAAGGAUAAGGUGAAUAUUGCAAACGCGCUUCACUUGGUGGAUGUAUUUUGUCAUAUUGUAGCUGAAGAGGCAAAGAAAAACGAUGGUGGAGAGUUAAUAGAAACAUUGAACGAGGAUUUACGUAAAACUACGAAACAUUCCAACACACCUAUAUAUUGGCAAUACUUAAAAGAACAUUGCGCCGGCCUUCAGUCCCAAUUAGACAAAUUGUUCGCUGAUGGCGCCUUUUCGCAGACCGGGCAGUCGCCAAAGGUUUCAAUGCUUAAGACGAAGGAAUUCGCAGAAAGAACAGCGCAGUGGUUAAGAGAGAAUUUGAAAAACGUGAAAAACCAUUUGCAAAAUUGUGUGAUAAGCAUCGGUGAUAUAGACGGUAGAAACACCCGUAAACUUGGAGAACAUUUUACGAAAAAUGUCUUCGCCUACGGAUUCAUAUUUGGUUUCA